UCAGCCUCCAGAAGCAUAGCUGGGACUGCUGUGGAUCAGAGCGCACCAUUUUCUCGGUCCUUGGUCUCCUGCCUCUGCCGUUCAAGUGUACGAUGACCUCAGAUAACGUGUUUCUGUCUACUUUACAGCCCCACACCGCAUCCUCCAGCUAUGCCCUCCCGUCGGACAAACAGCUCUGGAAAGGGCCCGCCGUGUCGAACGAGAGGGCGAAAUCGCGGCGGGUCCAGGAGCAGGUAAAGAUGAAACUGGCCGAGAAGUCCACUCUUCCGCGUCAGAAUGGAGCGGCGUCGAGCUCCGCCAUGUCAGAUUACGGCGGUUCAUCAAACAUGAAAUACAGCACCUACAGCCCAAGUUUUAGCUCUAAAUCUUCCUACAUGCACUCAGGCUCUAAAACAUUGGGUUCUCGUAUGUCUCAGAAGACACAAUACAGCAGUUGCUCCGCAGCCCCGGACAUGAUUCAGUUUCAGCGGAUGAGUGUGGGGGGUGGUGGCGGUGGAGGUUUUUACCGGGAAGAUAUACGCACUGGUGGCUUCCAGGGGUCCAUCAGACAGAACCGAGUGGACCAAGAUGCCAUGUCUGUGCAUUCAAUGCGAAACACGCCUGCAGUGAAUUCAUGGGUGAUUGACAACAGCGAUGCUGGAAGCAUUGUCUCUGAACAGGAUGCCACCUUCGGCCGUCGGUAUGCCCAAAGUGCAAUAAAUGGCUACAGCACCCAGAUGAGACAAGGAGGAGGCACCAUGACCUAUCAGACCCAGGUUCAGACCCAGGCACCGUCAUCAGCACCUAGCACCAUGUGUCGAAGUGUAAGUGGCCCUAUGGUACGUGGUGCCACUCUGAGAGGAGGAGGGACCGAGAUUAUCCAACAGCAAUCUUCCUUCAAAGGUCCGGCUCACCGCACUAUCAACAGGAUUGCGAACCGUAACCGGGCGAGCGUGGGUUCAAUGUAUGGGACCCAGAUGACCUCAAGCGCUGGCAACUUGUAUGGAGGAGGAGACCAAGUAGACAGAGGGUUUGUCAUGUCCCAACUCGGAUCUGGUUCACAGGGUAAUCUAUCGAUGCACCGGCAAGGCACUCUGUCACGAUCCAUGUCGAUCAAAAGCAUGCACAGUGUGGGCAGGGGCAUGGACAUCUAUGGCCAGACAGAUAUGGAAGACAUGGGCCACCUGCAUGGGCUUCUUGACUUGGACAUGGAAACUGCAAUUAUGUAUCUGAGGGAAAAAGACCACGGGUUGCAGGUCCUGGGUGCAGCAUACAUUCAGCACCAGUGUUACAAUGAAAGCGCGGCAAAAAAUGAGGUGCGGGAAAGGAAUGGCAUUGGGGAUUUGAUUAAGCUGUUCAACAGCAGCAACAGUGAAGUGCGCCGUUACGCCACCGGUGCGGCACGCAAUCUCAUCUAUGAGAACUACAAAAACAAGAUGAUGCUCAUCGACCACGACGGCAUCUUGCAGCUGAUGCUGGCGCUCGAAGAGAAUGAUGAUGAGCUUCACAAAAACAUCACAGGUAUCCUGUGGAAUCUCUCAUCCAAAGAGGAUUUGAAGGAGAAGUUGGCCAAAGAGACAUUUCCUCAGCUCAUUGACAAGAUCCUCAUUCCUGCGAUGAAAAGAAUGAAGGAGGACAAAGAGGCGAGUGACGAAGCCAUAGACAAACUCACAGAGACUCCCUCUCAGGCAGAAAUAUUUUGCAACACGACAGGAUGCCUCAGGAAUCUGAGCUCUGGAUCGGACAAGACCCGUCAAUGCUUGCGAGAAGCGCAAGGGCUGAUGGAGUCUUUGGUGAACUGCCUUACUGGUGCCAUUGAUAAGGGCAAGGCAGAAGAAAAGGGUGUGGAGAACACAGUAUGUAUCUUAAGGAACCUCUCGUACCAAAUCUACAAAGAGCUUCCUCCAUCUUAUCAGAUCAUCCAGGACAACAACAAAGAUCCAGAUAGUGUGACUGAAACCAUCGGCUGCUUUUCCCCGAACAGCAAAAAAGCCAAAAAGAAAUUGGAAGACCAGAAACGCUUGGUGUUUCGUGAUUUAGUAAAGCAACCAAAAGGGAUGGCGUAUCUGUGGCACCCUAGUAUAGUGAAUCACUACCAUCGCGUGCUGACCUCUUGUGAAAUUAAUGCCACCACACGUGAAGCAGCCAUCGGAGCUCUGCAGAACAUCACCGCUGGAGAUGAGCCAUGGGCUGCAUCCAUGUGCUCCUUUGCUGUGGAACAUGUAAAAAUCCUGCCAACCUUGAUGAAUCUGCUGCAAACAGACAGGAAGAAGGAGCUACUUUCUCUCACUGGCCUGUUAAGGAACUUAUCUCGACACACCACUGUCACUUAUAUAUUGGACCCCCUGGUAAAGAAGUUGCCAGAAGAUGGAAAUUGGAAGGAACCUUCUGACGAAGUAGUGUUGACCAUUUGUGGUGUUCUCAAUAAUAUGGUGAUACAAAGUUUUGACCAUGCCAAGGAUAUCUGUCACAAUUCAGGCUUGGAGAAAUUGAUGGGCAUCAAGAAGACAGCAUCUUCCAGCCCAGAAAGGCUUAAGACAUCCUCAGCUGCAGCCACAGUCCUUGCCAACAUGUAUCAUUACAAGAAACUGCACAAGUUGUUCAAGAAGAAAAAGUUUACUAAAAUUGACUUCGAAACAAUCCAUACCUGAGCAAUGCAGGAUCUGGCCCGUGGGAAGAACUUAGUAUUUUUACAACACAACAGACAACGACGGACAUUGGAGCAGCACAAGAACCACGGAUCCAGGACUAUGAUUGAACUCUAAUACUGAUGUCUGCACCCAAACUACUUCGGCUCAACACAGUUUGUAUAGUCAGGGAUUUUAUCCGUUAGAGCAGCAUCAAUUUAAAUGGCUUAAGAAAAAAACACUGAUUGUAGUAGACCCUUGUGCACUCUCCCUACAACCAAUGUAGCUUUGUAAAUAGUGCUUUUAAUUUUAAAAAGAAAUUAGAUUUAACACUUUGUUGUGCUUACCUGAUAUAUGUUUAUACGACCCAGCGUCUAACUUCGUUAUAUUUGCAUGAAAACCAGAGAUUUAUGAGACAUCGGAUGUAAAUACCUUUACUUUAGGGGAUAAUCUUUAUGGAUAUACAUGCUUUUUAACGCUAAAACAAAAUUUUAAAAAUAUGUAUUCAGCUGGUGGUGUAAGGAAUGUUGUGCAGUUAAAAGUAUAAUUUCUUCACAUUUGUUUACCCAUUAAAUAUACAGUUGAAGUUUGAGAAUGUUCCAUAUCUGAGCAGCUUUCAGACUUGUUUUUUUUAUUAGACAAAUAUUGUGUAUAUAGAGACUUUUUUUUAAAAAAAAAUAAUGAGAUUAGGUUUUUAGAAAUUACUGCUCGUGGUGUAAGUGGUGACAGAUAUGUGGAUUUUGCCAGAAACCUCGACUUGUUUUGUAUGUUUCAUACACAGAUAUUUCAUCCGAUUUAAUAGCUAAUAAAGACUUGGAAAUAAA